ACGAUGGGUGAUGGCGGGCAGACUGACUAAACAGAGAGUAUACCGGGAUAUGGACCUCGAUCCGCCAGAAGGAGUGCUAUAAAGAGAGCUCAGGUUCUUGCCCCUUCAAAUCCAUUCUUUCGCUUCCUCACAAAAAGAACAUUCAUCCUCGACACUCCCAUUCCUCUCACUCCCAACCUCCCUUUCCUCCCAGUUCCAGCUCAUAUUCACAUUCAAGAUGCGAUUUGCCCUCUUUACUGCUUCUCUAGCCGCCCUUGGCCUCGUCGCUAGCGUCUCAGCCGCCCCCGUUGCACCAGUGGCUGCUAGAUCAGCCGGUGAUAUUCAGACGGUCGGAAAGGGUGUUUGUUUCCUUGAGGCUGGUCUAGGCGUCACUGACAUCGAAGACGCCCUCGAUGGUGCUCUCGGUGGUAUCAUCACCGGCAUCGAAGACGUCCUCGGCAUCACCUCUCUUGAAGACUCUCUCGGUCUAACCUCUUGCGAAGAUGAGACUUCUGGUCUUUCCGAUGUUCAACUAGUUGGAAAAGGUCUUUGCUACAUUGAAAAGGGAUUGGGAGUCACAGACACGGAGGAUUUCCUAGAUGAGACGCUAGGUGGUGCGGUUACUGAUAUUGAGGAUAAGCUGGGAAUCACCUCGCUUGAGAAGGAGCUCAAGCUUACGGGAUGCUGAGGGAGCUAUCGGCCAUCAGGGUCAGCUACCAAUCAAUUAUCACCGACCACCUGGCGCUUCU